CAUCUCAAAGGUUGGGUCUGAAGCAUGCUGUUUUCUCUCUCUUAUCCGCAGCACUGUGAAUGUGUUAUAUGAACAAGAAGCUGAUAGAGCAGAGAACCGCUGAUGCUCCAUAUCAUAUCAUUUCAUUAGCACUGACCCAUCAAACAGAGAACAAUGGAUCUAAAACAUCUCAACUUAACACUCAGAACAGCUUUCUGUCUCCUGGUCGUGUUCUCCAUCAACGCUUCUGGGCAACUGUGUACAACUGAAACCAACUCCCCAGUGUUCAAGGAGAACAACACUAUUGGGCAAGUUGUUGCUGAAAUAACUGUUCAGGAUGGGGUGACCAUGAAUAUCAUAACUAACCCUGAAGAAGCUUUUGGCCUAAAUGGCACUAACCUUGUGGCAGUCAAAGUUCUGGACUAUGAGACCCUUGAUAACAACAUACUGCUAGUUGAAAUACAAUGCACCAGACCAGGGGAGACUUCGCCUCUUCUACGCAUUAUUGUUACGGUGGAAGACAUCAAUGACAAUCCUCCAGUGUUCGCACAGAGCCACUACCAGCUGGAAGUACCCGAGCUGUCACCAAUUGGCACAAGUGUUGAAAAAAUUGAGGCUACUGACCUUGAUAAAUUCCCACUGAACUACACCCUUCACUCCCCCAUGGGUGAAUUUAGGCUGCAGUCAUAUUUAAACCCAUUAAUCCUGGUAAACAAAAAUCUGGAUUAUGACACCACUCCAGAAGUCACUCUUAUGCUCUAUGUUGAGGAUUCUCCACCACCUGUUCAUACUGCCUCAGCUACAAUUACAGUGACAAUCACUGACAUCAAUAACCGACCGCCAUGGUUCCAGCCUUGUACAGAAACCCUUAUUGGCAUCUCCAAAAUCUGCCUCAAUACUGGAUACCAAGGGACAGUCAAUCUAACAGAGCAAGCGACUGAAGCUUUGACUCUGGAACCUGGUCCAGUUCAUGCCAUUGAUGGAGACAAAGGCAGGAAUGAUCCAAUCAAUUACAGACUUCUUUCAGGAAAUGAGGAUGGUAUAUUCAGCAUUGAUCCAAACAGUGGGGACAUCACAAUGCUGAAGGCAGUGGAUGUAGCAGGACCAAUUGUACUGACAGUCAUGGCCUAUGAGCAGCUCACUCCGGACAUGUUCGCCACCACCACCGUCACACUACAGGUGGUCAUCAAGAGCUUGCAUCCCCCAAAGUUCGUUAAAUCCAGUUAUGAGGGCUUUAUCUCUGAAGAUGCAGAUGUGGGCAGUAUGGUGCUGGAAAGCAAGAACAGCAACAAACCUUUACAAGUUCUGGCCACAGAUGAUGACUUUGCUGAUGGAAAAAAUCCAAGCAUUGCUUAUGAAGUUGUAGGUAGCAAUGAUUUCAGAAUCACAACAGAAGGCUUCAUACUUAUAGUACGAUCACUUGCUCCAGGUACAGCUGACUUACAGAUGCGUGUAGCUGAUACAACCAAUGGUGAAUUCAGCACAGCCUCCUUGUCUGUGGAAGUAACUCCAGGGGUCCCUACAACCACUAUGGAUAUGCCCACCACAGCCAAAGACACGAUUACAAGCCCUGAAAUCACAGAAAUGGCCACAGUCACUCCUGUUACUACAGAAACGGUUACAGAACUAACAAAGACCUCCUUUGAUCCAGUUACAAUGACAUCAUCUUCAGGCAAUACUAACAGUCUUCAAACAGAUGGUUUGCCUGGUCCAGGAGGUGACUUUGGGUCAGAAGACAUGGCAGCUCUGGGGGCCACACUGGCUGUCGUGCUGCUCAUCUGCUUGGUGAUCAUUGGCGUUCUGGUGUACCGUGUCAAAAGAAACAGUUCAGACUGGAAGAAGUUGUCUGAGGCCAGCAUCUUCCGCAGCACGCUAAACGGUGGUUCAGCUGGGCCUAAAGACGGUGUGCAGUACAUCAAUGACGGCUUCCAGGGCGAUGAGGACAAAGGCAGCUUGAACUCCAAGGAGGCAGCGGAGUUGCCCCUUCCUCAGGGGCCAGGGCUGAAGCGCAGUGUGCCGGAAGAACUGGAGAAACAGAGCAGUGCCCCUGUCCCUCUGGGCCUAAGCAGCAGUGACACCAGCUCACCUCCUGAAGACUCCAGCAGCCUGAGCCCCUCAGACACCACAGACAGUGAGAAGGAGGUGAAGCCCAUUCUCACCAAAGAACGACGGAUGGAGGACGGCUACAAAGCAGUGUGGUUUAAACAGGACAUUGAUCCCAGUGUCAAGGAGGAAGUGGUCAUCAUUCCUGACAGUGGAGAGAUGGAUGUAGGACAAGAAGACGAUGACGAUGAUGAUGAUGAGGAGGAGGAGGAGGAGGAAGGUGUUACAGGUAUGAAUAGGUUUGCACGGCGAUCAGGCUCAGACUCAGAGGAUGAAGAAACCAUGACUUCAGACUUGUAACCUCUGAACUGGAGGAUAAACUGUCAACCAGCAGUCAUCAAACCAAUGUUGUAUCUUACUUAUGACACAUCCUUGUUUGUAGAAUUUCAGAUACUAUAGAAAGUCAAAUAUGUAGGGAUGCUGUGGAAUGGAAUUUUUUGGUCGAAAUUGAAACUGAAUGUCCGAAGGCCGAAUACCAAACACUGUUUUUCCCAAAUUUCCAUAAAAUGUUACAAUUUUUAAUACAUUUUAUGACAGAAAAAAUGAUUACAAAAUGAAAAUUUAACAAUAAGUAUUAAACACAGAUCAUUUUAAUAUCCAUGCAGACAAACCAGCAAAGCACAAUACAUUUACCUCAGCAGUGCUACUCUACUCACAUCUCACAUCUAGCCAUCUUAUUAGUAUCAUUUGACUAAUGGUGAAUGCACUUAAGCAGUGCAAAUUUAAUCAUAAACUACCCCAGCAAUGCUACUUAAGUGAAUUAGGAAACUUACACAGAGGAAAAAAACAGAUGUUAAAAUAAGUUUAGUUAGCUGGGUGCAGCUUGUAUUAAUCAGCUGGAAAAGCUAUGACCGCUGAACAAAUCCUAACAUAGUGAAAAGGCUGCAAUAUGACUUAAAAUAAACAAGUCAUUGUUUGGUAUAAAAUAUUCUCUUUUUCUUAUUUACCUAUUUUUUCUAUUUUUUACCUAUUGCAUUCACAACAUUCUACAUUGUUUUUCAUACAACUCUGAUCAAGGUUUGUUAAGUACUAUGUACAAUUGUAUAGUUUUAGAAUAUAAAAUUAAAUUCAAAUGUAAAUAGAAUAGCUGCCUAGUAAUAAAAUACUUUGUGAUGGAGUUUGGGAUGAGACACAAACACACGUUGGUGAAUUAUUAUAGCCACAGGUCUGUGCCAUAAAAAGAGAGACAGUAAGGGGGUAAUAAAUGCCUUAUGACUUAUGAAUCUGUACUUGGACCUGACACGGGUGUAACGGCGGUUGCUCUAGCAACCUUUCAUUGUGGCUCUUUGUUUAUAUUUUUUAUGGCCUUGUGGGGCAUGUGAGCUUUGCUGAGCAGCAAACAAGCACCCUUUGACCUCUUAAUUAUGAAAUCAAUGCCUAAUAAUCAUACAUGCCCUAUCUCAGAGAAUAUGAGCUUUGACCGUUGACUUGUAAUAAAGCACCUGCAUUAAGAUUCAUAGCUUUUCAUAGCAGGAAGCAAUUCAGCACUAUGAGUAGGUUUCCAUAUUUCAUAAUAAGAUGUUGCAUCCAGUAAUUUAAGAAGCCAUUUUAAAUUGUCCAUAUGGAUGAAAAAACUAAUACCUACUUGACUAUAAAUGCCAUUUAUAUAUAACUAUAUGUUGAUGCUCUAUAUUGUUAUCAUGAUUAUUUUGGAGGCACUUGCUGUUCUGAAGCAUGAUAGUUUGGGCAGGAAGAGCAGAGAUAUGCUCUCUCUCUUAGACACUAGCAGACACCGUUCAGGCACAGAGGAAAUAUAAUAAACGUUUGUCAAGAGUAAAUCUAAAGAGUUGGUGAAAUCAAAAUCAUUCAUGAACAGCAUGUAAAAAAACGUUAAAUAUAUUAUUUUUGUAAUUUUGUAAUCUUUGUACAUACGUUUAAAUAAUGAUGAAUGGACCAAUAAAAACAUUAAAUCUAUAAAAUCUACAA